UAAUUUUUCUUACUUUUGUUUUCUUCUAAUCUGCAACUUUUAUGUCUAGCCUAGUAUGGAAUAUUCUGUUUUUUGAGAUGCGAAAGACUGUGAAAAGAAGUUGAGGAAUGCCUUGUGCGAAGUAAGCCCCAAAACUGGGAAACCGUAUAAUAAAGUCCUCAUAGUUAUUGAAGGCAUUUACAGCAUGGAGGGCACCAUUGUGGAUCUGCCAGAGUUUAUACGGGUAAAAAAGAGGUAUGGGGCAUACCUUUUCUUGGACGAAGCACACAGUGUAGGUGCCCUUGGACCAACGGGAAAAGGAGUGGUGGAAUACUGGGGAUGCAAUCCCAAAGAUGUUGACGUAUUGAUGGGCACAUUAACGAAGAGUUUUGCCGCAGCUGGAGGCGGUGGGCGGAGCCUGGAAAGCGGGGCCUUGAUUGACCAUAUACGAUAUGGUUCUGCUGGACCAUGUUAUGGAGCUGCAAUGUCACCUCCAGUAGCUGCGCAAGUGAUGAGCAGCAUGAAGAUCAUGCUUGGCGAGGACGGCACCGACAUUGGCGCUCGAAAAGCUGUUCAGUUGCUUCGUAAUUCGCGUUAUUUCCGAAGGCGAUUAAAGCAAAUGGGCUUCCUUAUAUAUGGUCAUGAAGAUAGUCCUGUUGUUCCUUUGAUGACAUUCCAUAUCACAAAAGUUGUGUAAGU